AUUGAUGAUACGUCUUCUGCUCGCAUGCGACCUGCAACGUCAAACCACGGGUGGUUGCAGGAGGGAAUGAUCCGGGGCAACAUGUUGACCAAGGUGUUACCAGGCGAUGAGGAAUCCGGCCGCAAAAAGGACGACGACUACCACCACCCCAAAUUCGGCGCCUCGUCGCGCGCACCCCGCUGGACCAGGUCAACCGUCCCGCUGAGAUGGCGGCGCCGGCGCAUCAUCCUCAUCUUUGUUGCCCUCGCUCUGGUCUACGGGCUUGCCAGGAACUUGCCGGACUGGGCCUGGGAGCAGUCCUACGACCUGAGGGGCAUCAUCCCACCUUCGCCGCCGCCCGUCGACAGUAGUUACUAUGCCCGAGCAGACGAUGACGCCGAAAACGAAGAGCCUUCCGGCCCUCCUCCAGGCACAAACCCCCCAAAGCCGGGACAGCUGGCCCCCCACACGUACUCAGGCCAGAUUAGGUUCUACCGACUGUCCGCCACCUUGCAUGGCGCUGGCCAUACGAAUGGCUUCCGCAAUGUCAAUCGAAACGUCGUAUUCGCCAUCUCCAGCCUCCAGAGUGCAGCGACGCUUCUGCCUGUAAUAUGCGACAUGUCGCGAUGGUCUAGGAGCUGGGUACACGUGGCAUUCAUGGGGAGGGAAGAAAUUGCUAUACACGACAUCCUGGAUAUCAAUGGAAUUGACCAGGUCAAGUGCCCAGCCAUCUUGCACGAUGCGCGUCCAGAUUACGCCGAGUACAGCACAGACGAGCGCGCCGAGUCGAGCGUUAUAUCAGCCAUGGGCCAUAUCCAUAGCUUCCUGCAUCCUCAGGUGGUCAUCGUCGACGCUUCUGAGGACGCCUUCUUUCUUCGCGGCGUGCGCGCCAAAACAGACGCUAUAGGAAUGACCCUGAUCGAAGGUCCCGAGAAUUGGGACAACUCCAUGUGGAUGACUCGUCUAGACGCAGGUUCACUCAAGAGUUGGCACGAUCCAUUCGUCGAGGUCAUAGUGCAGGUCCCUCCUCAAUCAUCUGGCGUCAUUCAGCUUCUCAAGUCCCUUAAAGCCGCCGAUUAUGCGGGACUGAGCCAUCCGCAUCUUACCAUCGAGCUACCCGCCGAGGUGGACGACUCUGUGUCAUCAUAUCUGCGGGACUUCGAAUGGCCCCCUACUGGCGAACGGAGUCGUCUUUCCAUUAGACGUAGGCUCACAAGAGAGCGCGCAACACAGGAGUCCUCCACCAUCCGAUUCCUGGAGCUUUUCUACCCGUCCAGCACCUCUAAUUCGCACGCGCUGCUGCUGUCCCCACAGGUGGAGUUAUCACCGCAGUUUUACCAAUACACAAUGUAUCAGCUCUUGGAAUAUAAAUAUUCCGCGUUCGGUGCCAUCGACAGUGCUAAUGUCAUGGGUGUGAGUAUGGAGUUGCCCUCGACUCUCCUGGAUGGCGAAACCAAACUUGUACUCCCGACACCCAAGGACAUGCACACACCACGCUACGAAGAACUCUUUCCUGAUACUCUAAGUGUGCCAUUCCUAUGGCAAGCACCCAACAGUCACGCGACCCUCUUCUUCGGUGACAAAUGGGCAGAGUUUCAUUCGUUUGUUAGCAACCGCGUCGCAAAACAUUCACAGACACCAAAGGGUGUCGCACAAUCUAAAGUCGUGUCCGAAACGCUUCCUUCAUGGACAGAAUAUAUGCUCGAGUUUAUGAGAGUGCGUGGCUACGCGCUUCUAUAUCCUGGUGCGAGCAGCACAGAGGCCCUGGUCACGGUGCACAACGAGCUCUAUCACAUUCCCGAAGAAUUUCUUGAUGCCGAACCUACGCGUGGCGACUCGGAUGCCACGAAACAGGUGCCAGAUGAAUCCUUUGUGCGCGCCAAAACGCCGGCGGCAGCUGUGAACUAUCCCGAGCCUCCCGUGAUUCCGCGCAACCGCCCUUUGCACCAGGCGCUUCCCCUGCAAGCCGAUCUGCCCGAAGUGUCUCAAAUGCCUUUUCUCCUGCACACGGGUGAACAGAUUCCGCACAUCAACGCAAGCACCGCGGCCGAGGGAUAUGCAAGGAAAUAUCGCGAAGUAAUUGGUGGGUGUAAGGUGACGGAGGGCAUGCGACGGAAGAUGGUAGCGAGUAGUGCACGAGACUUGUUCUGCUUUGGCGACGAGACGGAGAGCGAUUGGGAGCCGGAGGUAGACAUGUCUGAAAGAUUUUCUGAAUCGGAUGCUCUUGCGGCAGCCAACGACUAUGCUGAGAAAGCGGGAAUGGACGCGAGGGUUUCGCCGAGUCCUGGAGCAGCAGCAAGAGAGGGGAAGGGCGAGGCGAAGGAGAAGAUGGGGAUCACCGCCACAGCUGGGCCACCGUCACGAACAGCAAUUGCUUGA